AAGAACUGUAUAUUGCGCAUGCUUGCAAAAUGCUAAUUGGUUCACUUGUGAUAGUUCUACUGAUAUUGGUCUCUGGCUGUAACUCUUGCUAUUACUAUCCAAGCGCCGCUUCUUACUACUCUUGCUACAUCUACCCCUACAAUGACUACUAUGGCAGCUACUACCCCUACAAUUACUAUGGUAGCUAUAGUUAUCCUUACAGUUACUACGGUAGCUACGGUUAUCCCUAUUACAACUAUUACUAUCCCUAUAAUUGCUACUACUGCUACAUGUACCCUGACUAUGGUUUUGGAAUGGGAGGCAUGUUUAAUCCGCUAGGAGGAUUGCUAGGCUCUCUCGCAGGGCUACUUGGCUUGGGCUAAUCAAACGCAUAAUAAACUUGAGCUUUGAAGA